GUCACCGUCGCGGCAAACAGUUGCCCGGUUAUCAGAAGUCGUACACUCUGUCGCUAAGCAACAACGCAGCAACCCAAUUACGGGUACCCAACACACAAAUCGUCAUACCAUCGAUCAGACAAGGUGCGUGCACAGGUACAAACGGAAGCAGCAAAAGUGAGGCGUGUGGCAACAAUGCUAUCAAUGCAAUGUGAAGCUUAAGUGAUGAAGGAAGCCACACGCCCCGGCGGUAAGUUCCAUCGGCCGAUGCAGUUAAGAUUCCUUUGCCGUUCGCUGACGUACAAAAGGGUAAUCAGUCAUCGGUGCGGUGUGCGAUAAGUUUGGCUACCUAGUGUUUUUGCGGCCGAACGGCAGAUCAUCGCACCCUAUCACCCCGCCUAGAACUGAUAGCGUGGUUGUGGGACUAGAAAUUCGGAGGCCCGGCUUUGUACAUAUGGUAGACACCGCAAUUGCGCGGAACGCUCAGUUCUAUUCGGACAGUGAAACUGUCAUCUAGUGGAUUUGCGCUUUGGUGUGCGUAACCAAGCAACGGAGGAAAAAAAAAAGAUCAUCCAGUGUGCAUCGGUAGUGUCUGACAGUUCGUCGGUGUGAAAGGAAUAUACGACUCGUGCAAAGAAUGCUGCGCCAAAUAAGCAAAUCGGACCUGCUGGUCAAGCAGUUUGAUAAACUGCAGGUGUUGCCAGUAUUCUCAACGAAACAAAGCCAAUUGCGACAAAGUUCGUCUUCGGCACGGCCAAUUUCGUUCAACAAUCGUCCUCUGCUGGCUGAUCGCAGCAAGCAUGGAUUCGCAAAAAUCACCGAAAUGGCACAGAACGGAUACGGCCAUGCGGCAACCCAGCUGAAGGCACAACCAAAAUCUCAGGCCGUGUUCGAUCGGGAGGAUAAGUUCGGUGCGCACAACUAUCAUCCGCUGCCGGUAGCGUUGGCCCGCGGCGAAGGUGUUUACGUUUGGGACGUGGAAGGCAAACGGUACUACGACUUUCUAAGCGCUUAUUCCGCCGUCAAUCAGGGCCACUGUCAUCCGAAGAUCGUGCAGGCACUGACGGAACAGGCGCAAGUGUUGACGCUUACUUCGAGAGCUUUCUACUCGAACGUGCUCGGUGAGUACGAAGAGUUUGUGACGAACCUGUUCGGGUACGAUAAGGUACUGCCGAUGAAUACUGGCGUGGAGGGCGGUGAGACGGCCUGCAAGCUGGCGCGCAAGUGGGGCUACAAGGUGAAGCAGAUACCCGAGAACAAGGCGAAAAUCGUAUUCGCUGAGGGUAACUUCUGGGGCCGCACGUUGGCCGCCGUAUCGUCAUCGAACGAUCCGAGCAGCUACGCCGGUUUUGGCCCAUUCAUGCCGGGCUUCGAGCUGGUACCGUACAACGAUACGGCGGCACUCGAGAAAGCCUUGCAGGAUCCGCACGUGUGUGCGUUUAUGGUCGAACCGAUUCAAGGUGAGGCUGGUGUCGUCGUACCGGACGAUGGGUAUUUGCGUACCGUGCGUGAACUAUGCACGAAGUACAACGUGCUGUUUAUUGCGGACGAGGUCCAGACGGGUUUGGCCCGUACCGGUCGUAUGCUGGCCGUCGACCACGAGGAUGUUAAACCGGACAUUCUCAUCCUUGGCAAAGCUCUGUCGGGCGGUGUUUAUCCGGUGUCAGCCGUCCUUGCCAAUGAUCAGGUGAUGCUCUGCAUUCAACCCGGUGAGCACGGUUCGACGUACGGUGGCAACCCGCUCGGUUGCAAGGUAGCGAUCGCCGCACUCCAGGUGCUGGUAGAGGAAAAGCUGUCCGAAAAUGCCGACCGUAUGGGCGAGCUGUUGCGCCGAUCGUUGCGUGAGCUGCCCACUGACGUCGUAUCGAUCGUGCGCGGGAAAGGAUUGCUGAAUGCGAUCGUUAUCAAUCCAAACUUUGACGCAUGGGAAGUGUGCGUGCGGCUGAAGGAAAAUGGACUGAUCGCAAAGCCUACGCACGGAGAUAUUAUACGCUUUGCGCCACCCCUGACCAUCAACGAGCGGCAGCUGGAGGAGUGUUUGCACAUCAUCAAGUCCACCAUUAUGUCGUUUGUGAAAAACUAGCCAGUUAUGUUAUGAACUGUUGUAGCGAUUGAUCGGUGAGAUCCAUUGAUUGGUUAUAAAAAUUACCGGUAGAAACGGAGCGAGUGUGGAAAACGUAUGAUAUUUUCUAUAGUCUGUAAGUUCGUAUCAUAAUCAAGCAAAUUGUAAUAAAAGAUGCAACUUGGUUUUUAAUUUGCAAAGUACUGAAAAAAAAACAGCCGACUAUUCAUCACCAGCAACAUCAUUCUUCACAUCCGAUGCACAAUUUUCACCCAAUCACUUCAAUUCCUUGGCCUCCCGGA